GCAUCCUCUAGCCCCGUCCCCUUACAAAAGCACGACCACAAACCGAUUGGAAAACAUUUCACCAACUUCCGAAGCAUCUUUAAGCACCCGCCUAGCCAUGUCAGCGAUUCCAGGACGUGCUCUCCACUAUGUCUUUAAGAUCGGCGAUCGGGCUAAAAACGCCUUUUUCUUCCGCCAAAUCCUUGGCAUGAAGGUACUGCGGCAUGAGGAGUUCAAAGAAGGUUGCGACGCUGAAUGCAACGGGCCCUACGACAACCGGUGGAGCAAAACUAUGGUCGGUUAUGGACCCGAGGAUUCGCAUUUCGUCAUCGAGCUUACCUAUAACUAUGGAGUUAGCAGCUACAAGAUGGGCAACGAUUUUGGCGGCGUAACUAUUCAUUCCACGGAGAUUCUUCCACGAGUCGCCAAACACUCGUAUCCCGUAACGAAGGUGGCUGGCAAAGGCAGUCUGAUUACCUCACCCGAUGGCUACAAGUUCUAUGUGAUUGAGCAGCCACCGGCCAGUUCUGAUCCCGUCCAGUCGGUGGAGCUGAAUGUUAGCAAUCUCCAGUCCUCCCGGAAGUACUGGCACGAGCUGCUCCAAAUGCAAGUGCUCGAUGAAAACAAUCAGAGUUUGCGCCUAAGUUACGGAGGAAACCAGGCUUCGUUGCAAAUCACAGAGAUCAAGGAGCCAUUGGACAGAGCCAAAGCUUAUGGAAGGAUUGCUUUUGCUAUACCAUCGGCCAAGCAGCCACCGCUUCAUGAAGCCGUAAAGGCAGUCGGUGGCUCUAUACUGAAGCCUCUGAUCACCCUGGAUACGCCGGGUAAGGCGACCGUUUCGGUGCUUAUUCUUGCCGAUCCAGAUGGUCAUGAGAUCUGUUUCGUUGACGAAGAAGGAUUCAGGGAGCUGUCCCAGGUAGAGCCCGAUGGCGAUCAGAGUCUGGAUAAAUACAUCGAAAAGGAUCCCUUCCAGCAAAAGUGAUGGCUGUGAUCGAUCGUGAAUUUAAAGAUUUAUUAUCUGUUUUUUUUUGUACAUAGCGUUUUUGUAUUUGAAAAUGUAUUGCAGUUGUUAAGGUCGGUUGCUGGGUAACUUUUAUAAAAUGAUAUUAUACACUCUAAAAGUA